GUCGUCUUCAACACGCCGGCCGGAGUCUUAAAAAAACCUUUGUUUGCGAUCGAGAGAGAAAGGAGUUGGUGGAGGCUGAAGAAGAAGAAGAUGGCUGAUUCAAAAAAGGGGCGUGUACAAUGGGAUGAAGCUAAUAUAGUGGAAAUUGAAUCUAACAAGCCUGUUAGGCAGAAGAUCACUGAACCUAAGACUCCCUACCACCCUAUGAUUGAUGAUGACGGUUCUCUGUCUCCUAGAGGAAGAUCAUUUGACCAAUGCGUUGAUGACAUGCAACGUGCAGAAGAACUGAGGAACGUUCUCAACGAGGCAGCAGCUUCGUCCAGUAGAAACACUAGCCAAGGGUCUGGUUCUGGUGGCUGGAGCUCGUCUGAGGAGGAUGAAGCAGAUCCAAUGGAUCAAGAUGAUGAAGAUACAGAUGUGGAUGGUGAGAAAAACGCACGGUUCAACGAACUUAGAAGAGUACAUUACGAUGAGUUUCGGAAGGUGAAAGAAAUGAGAUCCUCAGGGUCGUUCUAUGAAGAAGAAGAGGGAGAAGAUGAUGGCGCAAAAGGCAGUAAAACAGAGGCAACAACCUCACGUCACACUAAAGGCGUUAACAAAAAGGAAUAUGCAGCCACGACUGCUUCAUCCUCGAGUUGAUAUCAACCUCUGCUCAAUCAAAUAUGUACUCUCCUUCAUGUUUACCUCUCGAUUAAUCUGGGAUUUACACUAAUGUUAAGCCUUUUAAAAAGAGAACAACAAAGAAACAGCAAAUGACAUUCUGAGUUUUUUGUCUUUAUAUAUAGCAUUUUAGUGCAAUUGCUUAAAAUCACUUUGGUUAAUCAAUGUCAUUGUCAUACUUUUUGUUUUAUCACUUUCUGAAGGUUGUGUUUUCGUUUAAAAUUAUGUUAUGAAUGUGUUAUUGUCUUUUAAUUAAAUUUCCG